AGAUUUGUGAUGAUGUUUUGUCAUUCAUUGAAGAACUUGUCCAUCUGGAGCAGAGGCAGCGAAUUCAAUUCCCGUGUAUUACUGCUGCCUAGAAGAUGUCUGUAUGCAAGGCCCUUUGGGACAGUUGAUGACAAAAAUCAUAAAAAAGGACUAGCACAAUCUGCUCAGAUUUUGCCCAGCUUCCAUAGAUCUCUUGGAGUCCGUGGUAAAAGUCGUCUUCUUGCGUCGUAUAUACCCUUGCUUCCCCUUAAUAGGAACAUUAUCUCUUUAGCCUCAUUUGCAGCAGCUUCAACCGGACCGGUGACUAGUAACCGUGGCGUGUAUGCCAAACUGGCAGACUCAGCUCCUGUUCAUUUGGCUGAAAAUGUGCUUCUAUCACUACAAGAAAUUACAGGAUUACCAUGGUGGGCCAACAUUAUGUGUGCAACUGUUAUGCUUAGAACAGCGGUAACCCUCCCUCUGUCAAUAUAUCAGAUGUAUAUUUUAGCUAAGGUGGAAAAUUUGCAGUCAGAGAUUGAACGUUUAGCAAAAGAACUUCAAUACGAGGUAUCUGUCUAUGGAAAGCAGCAAGGAUGGAGUGAUAAAGAUGCAAAAUUUCAUUUUCGUAAAAACAUGAAAAGAAUAGUAACUGAACUGUAUGUUCGGGAUAACUGUCACCCUGUUAAAGCCAGCCUGAUUAUGUGGAUCCAAAUCCCCAUGUGGAUAUUUGUGUCUUUGGCUCUGAGAAAUUUCAGCUUUUCUACGAGUGGAUCCACCACAGGGCAAUUGCUUCACAAGCAACUACAGGAAGGGGGGACACUCUGGUUUCCUGAUCUCACUGUUCCAGAUUCUACUUGGAUCCUCCCAAUAUCUUUGGGUUUCAUCAACCUGCUUCUUGUAGAGAUGUUUACCCUUCGUAAGAUUGAGCUGUCUAAAUUUCAGAGAUACAUAACCAACUUUCUUCGGGCAGCGUCUGUUGUGAUGAUCCCCAUUGCAGCCACCGUUCCUUCGUGUAUGGCCCUGUACUGGGUCUCCUCCAGCUUAGUAGGCUUAUCGCAAAAUUUGUUGCUAAAAUCACCAGCUGUACAACAACUCUUCAGAGUUCCACGGACCAAGGCCUACUCUGACACCCCCUACAAAGACCUACUGUCAGCACUCAUAACAAAGUACUUUAAUAAAAAAUAG